AUGUGCAUGGAAAAUAUAAUCACCAUUCACCAUGUUAACUACUUCAAUGUGUCGAGCAUAGGAUGGGUCGGUAAAGUUUCAAAUGUUGCAUCUCAAGAAGCCAAAUUCAACAGGAAAACUAUUGGAGAGCUCACUCUACGAUCCUUUGAAUACCUCAGUUGUCAAAAAUUCACCUUGCCAGCGUCACAUUUGAAGUCUAGGGAAAGUGACUUUAGCAUUGUAUUCAAGCACUGGCUAACUCCGUUAGUGCAGUUCUUGAGAGGUAGUUAUGAAGAAAAGCCAAGGAUAGCUAACCCUCGCAAAAAGGGCCAUUCUUUAUGGCCGGAUUAUAUAGCCACCUUGCAAAAUAACAUGUGUUCAAUUAUGGAGCUUAAAAAAGACCCACAUAUUAAGUUCUAUAACAAGAAAUUGUUAGAACAUCGCAAAGUUCUUCAUCAAAUUGGUCUUUAUAUGUGUGGAAAGAAGACCACUUUAGGGUUUUUAGUGACCCAUUAUAUGUUAGUGGCCAUCACUUUUCGACCGCGGCAAAACUCAAGGACAAAGCAGGGCACCGAAGACAGUUGCCAAAAUCAUAGUUUUGGGUUUGAAUAUUUAAAUUUUCACAUGAACCCACACGCGUCCUUAUUAUCGGGUUCGUUAACUAUGUUUUGGGAGAAUGCUCCCGAACAGUUGGGAGAACAGGGGUUUGAAAGACCUCAAAUCAGACCUUGA